AUGCUGUCGGAAACCCGACCGCUCCUGAUGCCGCAGAACCGCAAGCUGCGGCAUCUCAAGGGAAUCUACCUUCGCAACCUCACCUUCUCCCGUCCCGAGGACCGCACGGUCGACGACGCAGCGCUUAACGGAUCCAACUCGGCGACUAGGAGGCCUUCGGUCAAGGAGCUGUACAAUGCAAGGUCCUCGGAGAGCUCUGGUUCGGGAAAGGCAACGGCGAGGAGGGGCUCGAUGCUGGCGAUGGUGAACGCGGUGGAGCGGCAGAAGAAAUUGGAAGGAACUGUGGACGAGAAGGUCGCGGAUGGGUUCUUCUCUUUGCACUGUGAGGGAGAAGAGGAGCCCAUCUAUAUCAGCGAAGUUGUUGAGAGGUCCUCAAACUUCAACUUUCAAUUUUUCGACCUUACAAACCUCCACCCCGGAAUUACGAGAACGGCAGAACUCACAUUCCGAUUCUACACCUGCCGACAAGGCGUCUGGACCUUCCUCCUUGAAGAAUCUGUGGACCUUAAGAAGCUCCAAUUCAUCGACACCCUAGAGAACCAACACUUUCCUCCCAACGGCCUCGUAUUCCACCUCACCGACGGUAUGUAUUCGGCCGACAUCGCAGGCCCGCCAAGGAGGCCCAAGUCUGCUCCCGCCGUGCCGACGUCAUCGUAUAACGCUCUGAUGAAGCUCGCUACUCUCGAUACCUCCAUCCAGGACGCGAUCGCGACGCAACAGGCCAUCGCGGCGCAGAUCAACGACAUACUCGACAAGCGACCGCCCGACAAAGGCCCCGUAGCUAAGGAUCGUCUUGAUCUCGCGAAGAAAUACGUGGCCCAAGAGCAGCGUGCGCUAGCCGCAUCGGAGAAACGCAAGAAGGAACUGAAGCAGUCGAUCCAAGCCCGGCGUGCGGCGAUUCGAGAAGGUCGAGCUAUGCAGGAAAAGGCAGAGCGGGAUGUCGCUGAUGCUCAAGGAAAGCUCAGUUCCUCGCGAGAGGCUGUCGCGACGACGAAAGAGCAGAUCCACGGUCAGAGACGACGCAUCUGCUCCGAUCUCAGUGAUAUAUUCGACAUUCGGCCGGUACCCGACGGCCCGCCAUUGUCUUUUCAGAUAUGCGGCAUCCCCUUACCUAACACUACCUUCGACGCCGCUACCUCCCGCGGCACGGACGAGAACGCUCUAUCGGCGGCGCUAGGAUAUGCCGCCGCCCUUACUGACUCCCUCCAGUACUACCUAUCUACGCCGCUACCGUACCCCAUCACGACCUUCGGCUCCCGCGCGACCAUCCGCGACGACAUCUCCCUCCUAACAGACCUAACAGCGAAAUAUCAAACCCGUGGACGAGAGUUCCCACUCUACCUCCCGAAAGGAGGCUCAACCGCCGCGCACUUCCGCUUCGAAUACGCCUGGUUCCUCCUUAACAAGGACAUCGAAGCCCUCUGCGCCUCCCAGCACCUCCGCAUCAUGGAUAUCCGCCAGACGCUGCCGAACCUGAAAUACCUUCUCUACGUGUGCAGCGCCGGCACGGACGAAGUCCCCGAGCGGAAGAAGGGCGGCGUGAGGGGCCUUUGGAUGGGUGGGGCGAAGAAUAGCAGGGCUUCGCCGACGGUGGCUUCGGUGGAUGGCGUUGGUAGCGAGAGUCCCAGCGUGGAUGGGGAGGGGGAGGCCGGGGGCAUUGGGGCGCAGAAGGGCUUGCCGUUUGGGGAAGCCGAGUUGAAGUUGAGUUUGAGGAGGAAGGGAUUGCAUGCGGGUCGGGGUUAG